UUUAUCGACUGACAGUGGUGUCAACGUUUUAAGGGAUGUAACUACCGCGCGCGGAUUGACCUUCCGUUGUUACUGUCGGGUCUCAAAGACCCAGCGUGAUUAGUUUUUGGUACUAUAACCGUGCCGCAUUUCGUGUAGCUUCUUAUCUUUCACUGUUGUGAAAUUUGAUUGUUGAAUGUGGAUCGAAGUUCAUUGUGUAGGAGUGAAUUUGACGUGUCUGGGUCUGCCAGAAUCGCCGGUAGCAAGCAGAUACCCUGGGUUUCCCGAGCGCAACACUCACUGAGGCUGUGUGCGACGCUUCCUGUGUUCCAUCCCGCUGUUGCCGCUACCGCCCACCCGCCACCAGCUGCAAUCCCAACAGGAUUUUCCAAAGUAAUCUUCCGCGUCUGGCAGUACAUCAGGAUCCUUUAGGACGUGUAACAAGGAAAACGAAGGAUAUUCCUCCGUAAGCAGAUAGCUGAAAGCGUCUUAUACGAAGGAGCGAUGACGCUGGCCGGGGACGUGGCGCUGGCUGCUGCUGCGGUGCUCAUACUGCUGCUGCUGUGGCACGUCAGCAACUCGUGCCGCUACUACGUCAAGUUCACCGUCUUCUUGCUGCUCUCCCUCUUCUUCGGCUCUGUCUUCAUUCCUCUCAUGCUCUUCCGGCCCAGGGACUGGCGCAACGCACUGUUACCAGCAUGGGGUGCAAGGCAAAUAUCAAAAAUCCUUGGCAUAAAAUUUCAUCUUCGAGGGCUGGACAAUGUUGUCACUGACUCUGGGUGUGUCGUCGUAAUAAACCACCAAAGUUGUCUGGACUUACUUGUACUUGCUGAGCUGUGGCCAAAGCUGAAACGAUGCACUGUUAUUUCAAAGAAAGAAGUUUUUUACCUGUGGCCUUUUGGACUCGCUGCCUGGUUGUGGGGAACCAUCUACAUCAAUAGACUGAAUGUUGAGCAAGCACAGGCAGCAAUAAACAGCACUGCAGACACCAUAAAAAAUGGAAAGAUGAAACUGUGCAUGUUUCCUGAAGGUACAAGAAACAAUGGACCUACAUUGCUGCCCUUCAAGAAAGGUGCUUUCCAUGUUGCCAUUGCUUCUCAGACACCUGUUCAGCCAGUUGUUGUGACACGCUAUUAUUUCCUUGAGUCAAAGGAGAAAAUUUUUAAUCCAGGAAAAGCUGUCAUAACCAUCCUUCCACCAAUAGACACUACAGGACUGAAGAAAGAAGAUGUGGGAUCACUUGUGGAGAGAACUCGUGAGCUAAUGUUGGAUGUCCAUGCCUCAUCAACAGAACUUCUGCUGCAGAAUAUAAAAAACAAGGACAUGUAAUAAAGAGAGAGUGCUUUUGAACUUUAAUGGAGUUGGUUGGACAGUAACAGCAAAAGCAUAUCUUCAUGAUCUCAUCUGUAACCACAAUUUUAAUGUUUAUGUAUGACAGAACAACAUUAGUGGGAAAGUAUUGACAUUCACAACUUCAGUUAAAAAAACUGAUGAUUUAAGUCAAGACUAUGUGAUGGAAUUAAAUUAUUGUGCUAAACAUAGCAAACCUGCAGCUUUAUUUCAUGACCUUUUGUAUAUAUCUGAAUGUAUAUUAAUGUUUGUGCUUCCUUCCUUGUAGGCAACUUAGCUCACAGUGCUGAAAUUACUAUGUUGUUAAGGGCUUUGUGUGUGAUAAGUGUUUUACAGUUUAAUUUCAUUAAUUGAUGUAACCAUACAUUGAUGUGUGGAGAGGGCAUAGAGUAGUAUAGAAAUGUAGAUGUGGAGAGAAGCUGCUAAGAGACUGAA